GAUAUGAUUAGAAUUGUAGAUUGAUUAGAUUAGAAAAAACGAAAUUUUAAUCAAAAUUUUAGAACAUUUGAAGUGUAAAAAACAAAAGCUCAGAAGAGCAAAAGACUCCCAGCAAACUUCUACCAACAUAUCGACAAUAAUUGAUUUUAAGAGCGGAUUGCAAUGCAAUCUUAAGUUGUAGAUUGUAUUGUUGUCUGUCGGAAUAAACUAGCGAUAGAGCAACGAGCCCUUGACAAGUACUAAUGCCUGGGUAUUAGUUGUAGUGCCAUUUCUUGGGUUAAUUGCACCAAGAUAAAGUCGAUGACGACGCUACAGUUAGGUAGGUAGGUCGUAAACUUUUAUGAGUAGCGGCGUCAGAUUAACUAGGCCAAGUGGACACCUUCAAGCGAUGUGCAAUGAUUGACCCCGAAAUCAAAAGCGAUUGAUACGCCAGCAACAUCGUAUAUAAAGACGAUAAAUGUUGGACUAGGGCCACUUAAAAUCUGGCAAAUCAACAUGACGCUCGCUUGGACAACACUACUCCUGACCCUGUUGCUGGCUGCUGCUGCUUGCCAGGCAAUGCAACCCCCAUUGAGGCAGCCCCGCCUGGAUGGACGCAUUGUGGGUGGCGUGGAGACCACCAUCGAGGAGUAUCCCUAUCAAAUCUCGCUGCAGCGCUCCUAUCACAUGUGCGGCGGUUCCUUGAUUGGCGAACGUGUCGUUCUAACCGCUGCCCACUGUGUGGACAGCUCCACAACAUUCAGCGCCAAGGUGCGCAUUGGCUCCACUCGCAAAGAAACUGGCGGAGUGCUGGUGCCGAUCAAGCGUGUGCAUCGCCAUCCAAAGUACAAUUCCCAGAUCAUAGACUACGACUUUGCGGUGCUAGAACUGGAGCAGUACAAUGCGUCAAAUAUAACACAGGCAUUUGUGCAGUUGCCGGAGCAGAACGAUGACAUAGAUGAUGGAACACUCGUCACCAUCUCCGGCUGGGGCAACACACAAAGCUGGGAAGAGUCCGAUGUAAUUCUGCGUGCCGUCAUCGUGCCCAAGGUGAAUCAAACGCUGUGCAAUGAAGCCUACACUGGCAGUAUAACGGAUCGUAUGCUGUGUGCUGGUCUGCGUGAGGGUGGCAAGGAUGCCUGUCAAGGAGAUUCGGGUGGUCCUUUGGUUGCUCAGGGUAAGCUGUGGGGUGUGGUCUCCUGGGGCUAUGGCUGUGCGCGUCCAGAAUAUCCGGGUGUGUACUCCAGGGUGGCGUCAGUGCGAGAUUGGAUUGCUUCUGUUAGCGGCAUUUAAGGCGAAGAAUACUGUUAAAUUACAACAAUAAACGAUAUACAAAUUUUAAAAAUUCAAA